AUGGAGAACUCGACUACCACUACUACUCAGCUGCUGACCGCCGCCCAGCCAGGCCCCAGCAGCCAACCCACGGACAAGACCUCCCAAGUCGGCGACCAAAUGCGCAUCGUCAUGAGCUUCGCGAUGCAGCUCGAGCGAGACAUGAAGAAGCGCAGGGAGGAGCUCUACACGCUGGCUGGCAAGCUCCGCGACGGGCGCGUCGAGCUGAAGCUUUUCGAGGAGGAGGUGGUCGAGUACGCCCGCCUCAUCGAGGCUGACCCCCAGCGCCCCGGCGCGGCGGAUAAGAUCCGCGCCUCGGCAAGCGAUCUGAAGCAGUCCCAGGAGAUAAUGGAGGAGGCCGCUAAGCUGGUCGACCAGGCUUUGGCCAAGAUCGAGAACAGGCGCGGUGCGAAGAAUGAGUGA